CAUCAAUACAGAACAUAAACGAUGGAUUUUGCAAUGAAUUUUUCGGCUCAGCAUAAGAUUCACAAGGAAAAGGGUGUGGAGCUUUCUGAAUUGGAUGAGCAAGUUGCUCAGGCUUUCUUUGAUUUGGAGAAUACCAACCAAGAACUGAAAAGUGAGUUGAAGGAUUUGUACGUCAACUCGGCAGUUCAAGUUGAUAUUUCCGGAGGACGCAAGGCAAUUGUUAUCAAUGUUCCUUACAGAUUGAGAAAAGCUUACAGGAAAAUCCAUGUUAGGCUUGUUCGUGAACUUGAGAAGAAGUUCAGUGGAAAGGAUGUGAUCCUCAUUGCUGCAAGGAGGAUUGUGAGGCCACCUAAGAAGGGCUCAGCUGCAAAGAGACCACGCAACCGUACUCUGACCUCAGUCCAUGAUGCCAUUCUUGAUGAUAUUGUCUUACCUGCUGAGAUUGUUGGGAAACGUACUAAGUACAGACUCGACGGUACCAAAAUCAUGAAGGUAUUCUUGGAGCCAAAGGAAAGAAACAACACAGAGUACAAGCUUGAGGCUUUCUCUGCGGUUUACAAGAAACUCACUGGUAAAGAUGUCGUUUUCGAGUUUCCCAUCACUGAGGCCUAAAGAGAUGAAAUCAAAACUUAGAGAAAAGAAUCUGUUGUGGUCCUCUUUUUGGUCUACUUUCAGACACUGGUUUUUUAUUCUGAAAAUGUGUACACUCUUCGGAUUAAUGUUGAGUUUGAUGGGAACGUGAAAAUUAUAGCUAUCCUUGUUGGUGUUUCUAUGUUUAUAACAGAGUUGUCUUCUUGGUGGGUUGAAACUGUAGAGCAUCUAUCUGCGUAGUGCUUUUGCACUCUAGCAUCUUCGUGUAGACCUUUUAUUAGUAGAAUACACAAUACAGUAGACUAGUAGAUGGAGUUUGUAGACCAUCAAUCCUUUGCACUAGCUCUUUUUGCCAGCGGUGAUAUCGAUGUAGAUGUGUUCUUCAGCGAAUGCGUUAUUGUCAAAGAAUAUAUUGUCCUAUAUAUUAAUGCUGAUGUGAGAAAGUGGUUAGCGUAUGCGGUUGAUCGCAGGGUUCGUGAACUAUGGUUUCAGCUCAUGUGGUCCGCAGAGCCAAUUAGCUUGCCCAAAUGCGUUUACACAUGUGAUACGCACGCUUGUGUCUCUCGGUCUUUUUGACAAGGUUUUUGUAGAUGUUUCUUCUCCGGUAUGCCUCCCAUCCCUCAAACAUCUUGAGCUUCUCUCUGUGGUAUAUAGAGAUGAAGAUUCUGCUGUUUGGCUCUUAUUUAGUUGCCCUAUUGUCGAAUAUAUAUAUAUGUGUUGCGACAUCGCCAAGACAACGUGACAAAGUUUAGUGUAAAAGUGCCAUCUUUAGUGACCUUAAAGUACUCUAAUGUGGAACCAAAAUUAGAGGAUAUUGAAGGAUCUUUGGUCGUAGAUUCAGCAAAUUUAAAGGAACUCACCAUCAUAGAUAUUCCAACAAAGUCAUGCUCGAUUGAGAACAAACCUCGCCUUGAUGAAAAAUUUAUGAAUUCUCUUUCCUGGGUCAGAUAUCUCGAGAUAUUUCUAGACCUUGCAACGGUACUAUAUGCCUCACUUUUUUGUUUUUUUUUGUUUUUGUAAAUUUGAUAAAAUUUAUUGUUAUAAUCACAUUUCCGGCAGUUUACUUAUGUGUUGUUGUUGUGUUAAUUCAUUGCAGGUUCCGAGUUGUCACGACAUUAACUUCUCACAGCUUAUAGAGUGUAGGAUACGUCCUUGUAAUUUAGACUGGUUUGAGCCAUUAGUGUCUUUCCUUCACAAUUCUCCUCAACCGAAAGUUCAUCUCAUCGACCAGGUCAGUGUCUGCGCGCGCAUG